AUGGCUUCACUAUCAGAGGAGGAUUUCAGCUGUCCUGCCUGCCACGACAUCUUUAAAGAUCCCGUCCUCUUGUCAUGCAGCCACAGCUUCUGCAAAGCCUGCCUGCAGAACUGGUGGAGCGAUAAGCAAACGCACGAGUGUCCCGUUUGCAGGACGAAAUCUGACUUGAGUGACCCACGUUGCAACCGGGUGUUAAAGAACCUGUGCGAAGCCUUUUUACUGCACAGACGUCAGAGUGUUUCUUCACAAUCUGAGGCUCUCUGCAGUCUGCAUGCUGAGAAACUUAAACUCUUUUGUCUGGAUCAUCAGCAGCCGGCGUGUCUCGUGUGCAGAGAUGCGAAAAUUCACACCGAUCACAAAUUCAGACCCAUCGAUGAAGCUGCUCAGGAUAACAGGGAAGAGAUCCAGAACUCCGUGAAGCCCUUACAGGAGAAGUUAACAGUGUUCAAUCAGGUUAAAGCAAACUGGGAUCACACAGCUGAGCACAUUAAGGUGCAGGCUCGAAACACAGAGUGGCAGAUAAGGAGACAGUUUAAGCAGUUGUACCAGUUUCUACAAGAGGAAGAAGAGGCCAGAGUGGCAGCGCUGAAGGAGGAAGAGAAGCAGAAGAGUCAGGUGAUGAAGGAGAAGGCUGAAGCUCUGAGCAGAGACAUAGCAGCUCUUUCAGAAACAGUCAAAGCCACAGAGGAGGAGUUGAAAGCUGAAGAUGUCGCAUUCUUAAAAAACUACAAGGCCACAGUGGAGAGAAUCCAACAGUGCCCCCUGCUGGACGACCCAGAGCGACAGGAGUCAGGAGCUCUGAUCGACGUCGCCAAACAUCUAGGCAAUCUAACCUUUAACAUCUGGAACAAAAUGAAGGACAUGGUCUCGUACAGUCCUGUGAUUCUGGAUCCGAACACCGCUCAUCCAGAACUCAUCCUGUCCGACGAUCUGACCGGCGUGAGACACGGAAAGAGGCGGCACCUCCCCGAAAACCCGGAGAGGUUCGAGUACUGGGAUUCAGUCCUGGGCUCUGGGUUUAAUUCGGGGACUCACCGCUGGGAUGUUGAGAUCGGAGACAACGCGGACUGGGAGCUGGGAGUGUUAGCCGAGUCCGUGUGCAGGCAGGUGUUCACGGGUUCGACGGUGUGGAGCGUUGAACACAGCGAUGCCGGUUACAGAGCGUUCUCCCCAACACAUAAAUACACCGCUCUGCCCGUCAGAGAGAAGCUCCGCGCCAUCAGGGUGCAUCUGGACUGGGAUAAAGGACAGCUUUCAUUCAGUGAUCCUCACACGGACACACACAUACACACCUUCACACACACCUUCACCGAGAGGCUGUUUCCAUAUCUUUGCACCAGGAGUACGAUCCCGCUGAGGAUACUGCCGGUAAAGAUAACAGUGGAGAAGCAUUAUUGA